CAGGAAAAAUUGUUUACUGAUGAGGGUCACAAGACGAUCGUACGAGAUUGUCAACAAAAGCGCACUAAACAUCAACUAUAUCACGAGCCUCUUUAAUGUUACUUAAGGCUGUAAUAGCCCCAUCAAUAACAAUUCAAUUURCGUUAAAUGAUGUUGAGUUAGACCAAGAACUUUCGAGUUUUUCUGUCGUGACCUGAGAACUUCUGAUAUACAACAUGGAGGACAGUUCAACAAGCGUUCGUCUUUCCCCAUUGACUCUUCGACUGAAAGUUUGCUACGGUGUUGGACAUAUCCUGAAUGACUUAUGUGCGUCUAUGUGGUUCACAUAUCUACUUCUUUACCUCCAUARAGUUGUGAUGUUUUCAAAUAUCGCUGCAGGAACUUUAAUGCUUGUUGGACAAGUCGCCGAUGCCAUUGCAACUCCUCUAGUCGGCCUUGAAUCGGACAGAACAGGCAACUGCACAUAUGGGAGGCGGAAAAUAUGGCAUCUUGUUGGUGUAACGUGUGUUGUGUUAAGUUUNCCAUUCAUUUUUAAUCUGUGUAUUACAUGUGAGAACGCAAGCAGAACGGCUUUAUUCUUGUAUUAUGCUCCAUUCGUUGUAAUCUUCCAGUUUGGAUGGGCAUCAACGCAGAUUUCUCAUCUUGCMCUAAUUCCAGAACUUACAAAUGAUGAAAUCGAGAAAACAAGUUUGAAUGCUAUUAGAUAUGCUGCUACUGUAACCUCCAAUAUAUUUGUUUUUUCUAUUGUGUGGAUAUUUCUUAAUUCUGUAACCACUGGAAGUCUGUCUAUAAGUCGUGAAGAUUCGAAGGCAUUUAUGUAUAUUGUAUUUGUCAUWCUUGGUACUGGGUUAUUAUUCAUGGUGAUCUUCCAUGUGGGAGUAAAAGAGCCCUACAGAACAUGUUCACAUGACUUGGCAUCAAGCACAAACAUGAGAUCAUCACAGAGCUGGAAGUUAUGGUUUAAGAAGAUCCAAUUUUAUCAGGUUGCUCUCCUAUAUAUGUCCACUCGUCUAGUGGUUAAUUUGAGUCAAGUGUACCUUCCAAUGUAUGUAACUGAGACAUUGAUGUUGAGUAAGGAAACUAUUGCUAUUAUGCCUCUCAUUGUGUAUAUCAGUGGUUUUGUGUCUACCUUCUUUGCAAAACCUCUCAAUCAAUAUAUGGGACGCAAAGUGACAUUUUCUAUAGGAUGCAUCAUCAUGAUUUGUGCAUGUACCUCCUUCAGGUUUAUUAGCAUACAUGGUGACAAUUACAAACAGCAGUUUAUGUAUGGAGGUAGCGUGGCUCUUGGUAUAGGAGGAUCUGUCAUGUUGAUAACAGCUUUAGCUAUCAUAUCAGAAAUGAUUGGGAAAAAUAAGGAAACUGGUGCCUUUGUUUAUGGAGCCAUGAGUUUUGUUGACAAACUAUCCAAUGGAAUUGCAGUACAAAUAAUACAAAUCUUUCAUCCUUGCAGCCAUGCUGAAUUCUGUUGUGGAAAGUGUGCACCAUUUUAUCGUGAUGUCAUGACUUACGUUGCUGGUGGAGCUGCGAUCUUGGCACUGAUUGCUUUACUGACAUUAUGGAAAACAAAAAUUGGYCGAUUUGAUAAAGAAUGCAGUGGUCAAAAGAAACUUAUGGGUUGUAACCAAACAAACUCAUCUUCCAUAUCAAGAUCUGAGCCUGAAAAUGGCUCAAUUCGAAAUGGACCAGCUAUCCCUUACUAUCCCACCAAGCAAUCAAAUUAUGGCUCUAUUGAGUGUCAAAAUAAAGUGAAUGGAUCUAUACAACAAGCACCAAAUGCAUGUCAGCUAAAGAAGUGUUCAAAUGUAAAUGUAAAGAAUACUGGAACAGUAGAUACCUGAUAGUACAUGGAAUUGAAUGAAUUGAAUCUCAACAACUGCAAUUAUUUUAAUAUUAACUUUUAAUACGUUUAAUUAAGACACCUAUGRAAGGUGAGGAAUAAGGAAACAUUGAAGSACAUGUUUUUUACAUGUUUAUGUGGUUUCACUGGAAGGUUUUGAAACAUUUUUAAGUCARGGCUGCCAAAGUUCAACAGAGAAAAAGUGUGUGCAAUUUGUUUUUUAAACAGAUUUUAGUUUGCUUCUUCUGCGUAUUUAAGGUUUUUUAUUCUUCAAACAAGUUAGUGCACUUAAUAUACAUAGCUAAUGGUAAAGUGCUUGAGAGGAAAUGGCCGCUAAGGCCGAAAGCUUGGUUUGAAGAAUAAAAAAUAURCAGAAGAAGCAGUCUUCAUUUUUAAACAAAUGCCUGCGUACAAAGAAAUUCUGAAGAUUUUAKUUCAUUAAUUUGCAAAAAUCAUUUYUUUYCUUUCAUUGAGCAUGURCAGGAAACAUGUCAGCACAGGGCAGUGAAUAUCCUGUUUACUGACACACUAUAAUUGCCUUUUUUUUGAUAUUAUGUGAGUCUGGAUACAAAUCCCUUAAUUUACAUAAUGAUAAAUUGAGAAUAAUAAAUAUAAAAUUAAUAAAUUGUAAUGUAAGAAUCAGCAUGUAUUCUCCCACAAUGCAAGUUUAGGUAAUUCUUUGCCCCCCAGGCUUGUAAGGACUUACUUAUUGCUUACAUUGGGUGUUAAGAAAAAAUUGCCUAAAAAUUGGCCCAAUAUAUAGAGUACAAACAUUAAAAUUGUGCAGCAUAAAUAUUACUAAAUACUGGUAAAUUAUGCAAAUUCUAUUGUUUAAUUAAUUAGGGCUUUAAUAAUAAAAUAGUGUAGUGCAGUGCAAACUYUUAGUGUUUGUACUAUAGUCUUAUCUUGUGAAUAAUAUUCAAUAUUUUAUUGAAAAUAAUAUUGAAUAAUUUUUGACUGGUCAAAUCUCAAAUUUUGACUCUGCCAGUCUCAAUUUAACGCACAACAAACACUGCAAAUACUUUUUAUUUUGUUUUAGAGUAAAUUAAAGAUAUCUAUAAUUAUUAAUUAGUUUAUUAAUUAAUGAUUAUUAAUUAAUUAGUUUAUGAUAAUUUUUUUAUAAUUUUAAAAUAACAAUUAUAUUGUAGAAUAUUAUGUACUAAUAGAAAUAUUCAUUGGUGAAAUAUUAUAAUAUAAGGCAUGUGGGGAUGGAUAAAAAAAAUCCCCUAAAAUCCCCUAAAAACAGUUUCUGAGGGUUCUCCCUAGCCUCCUCUGCAGRCGUCUYCCUUUUUUCCCUCUCUUCUUUCUACUCUUGGGCUUCGUGUGACUCACUUGUAGGAAAUUAAAGGGCAAAAUGAAAGUGUGGCCUGCGUAGGAGGCUACCAGUAUUUUCUCUGAGCCUCCCCAAGUCCUUUAUUUUACCAAGAAGCGCACAGAAUUUAUCUUUUAUUUCUUAUAUAAUAUAGGCAGUUUAGAUUUACUAGUGUAGAAAGUAUAGCUCAUAAUUUGUACUAUUACACUCAGAUCACUCAAUUGAUGGUUUUCAACCAUUCCCAUGAGAGUAGCAAAACAAAAAGGUCCACCAGUCACGGUGGUGGUUUUCUCUUGUCAGGUCCACCAGCAAUGGUGGACGUCGUUUGUUUAACUUUCUCUCUUGGGAAUUGUUGAAAACCAUCAAUGCAGUGUCAGAAAGCAAAUUAUAUUUUAAUGCAUACCUGGGUAUCAGGAUCUGUGGAGGACAAGUGACACAGGGUAUUGAUUAUGGAGAGUAAUUCCCCCUCUUCAAUUGUACCUCUCUCAUCAGUCCCUUUCCUUAAAAAUCUGAUGCUCAGGUUUAAUGAAUUUUAAUCAAUUAUGCUAUUAAUUAGUGAUAAAGUUUAUGCAAUGAAUUUGUCAGAAUAUAUUUUCCUGUAUACAUGUAUAAUAAGAUAAUAUUGUUGAUAAAAUAAAAGUCAAUGAGGAUAUCCUA